UUCGCAUGUUCAGAAUACACUCAACCACCUGAGCUACAAUCCCUAUGAGGUAGACUAAGUAUCUAACAAAUAUACCAAUUAAAAAAGAAGUGCCGGAAAGCUAUGGAAUGCUUGUCCCAUUGACUGGUAGAGCAGCGCUGGUCAAGCAAUGUAGCAUCGGUAUAAUCACUACAACGAAGAAGCAAUUAACUUCUUUCAAUUUUUAUAUUACAAUUCUUUUUUUUAAAAAAAUUUCAAAUAAAACCAAUUCAAAUUCGCAUUUUGCUCAUCGUCCUGGGUCGCCAUGAUUGCCGCGAAGCGAUUGAUACAGAAGGCUGUGCACCACCACCACCACCGCCAGGAGCUCGAUGUGCAACGUGGCAAUUUGGCAUCGACGGACUUGGAUUUGCAAGUCGCUGUUCACUAUGGUAUCCCGUCUACGGCGUCCCUUCUUGCUUUUGACUCCAUUCAGCGCUUGUUGGCAAUUGGAACACUGGACGGGAGAAUUAAAGUGAUUGGUGGUGAUAGAAUUGAAGCUCUUCUCAUAUCCCCAAAGCAAUUGCCUUUUAAGAGCAUAGAGUAUCUUUUGGCAGUUUCUGCAAAACAAGGGUUUUUUAGUCACCAUUUCAAAUGAGAAUGAUAUUGAGGUUUGGAAUCUGGAGAACAGAUGCCUAGCAUGUUGCUUACAAUGGGAAUCCAAUAUAACUGCAUUUUCUAUAAUCAGCAGCACCUACCUCAUGUAUAGCAUUGACUAAAUAUCAAGUAUAUUGGAGAUGAAUAUGGUUUGAUGUCAGUGCUGAAGUAUGAUGUUGAAGAUGGUAAACUUUUACGGUUGCCAUAUAGCAUAUCUUCAAACCAUUUAAAUGAAGCAGCUGGGUUUCCAUCACCUGAUCACCAACCAGUUGUUGGAGUUCUUCCUCAACCUUGUUCUUCUGGAAAUAGGGUGCUGAUUGCAUAUGAGAAUGGACUGAUAAUUCUCUGGGAUGUUUCUGAAGGUCGGGUUCUUUUUGUUGGAGGUGGUAAGGAUCUCCAGUUGAAGGAUGGGAAUGCUGAUUCCCAAAAUGGGCUUGAUGCUGAUCCACAAGACAAUAUGUUUUAUAAUCACUUACAAGAGAAAGAGAUAACUGCUCUUUGCUGGGCAUCGUCCAAUGGGUCCAUUCUUGCUAUUGGAUAUGUAGAUGGAGAUAUCUUGUUUUGGAAAACAUCAACUGCUUCCUCUGGUAAAGGUCAACAAAAUGAAUCCUUGAGCGGCAAUGUCGUUAAGCUGCAAUUAUCACCUGCUGAGAGGAGACUACCUGUUAUAGUUUUACACUGGUCUGCAAGCAAUAGAUCCAGUAAUGGUUGUGAUGGUCAACUCUUCAUCUAUGGUGGUGACGGAAUAGGAUCUGAAGAAGUUCUAACGGUUCUGACUCUAGAAUGGUCCCCUAGGAUGGAGACAUUAAGGUGUACAGCUCGUGCUGACCUCACACUUACUGGGUCUUUCGCUGACAUGAUUUUGUUACCACAUGCUGGGUUAACAGGGGGUAAUAACAAACCAGCUCUUUUUGUACUCACAAAUCCAGGACAAGUGCAUCUUUGUGAUGAUACUAGCUUGUCUGCCUUGCUAUCUCAGCAAGAGAGGAAAUCAUCUGUCUUAGCUGUGAAUUUUCCUUCAGUUGUACCUAUGGGUAAUCCACCCAUAACUGUGUCAAAACUAUCUGCAUUGGCCAUGGGUGCAAAUUCAUCAAAAUUUCUGUCUGAGAUAGCCUCAGUUAAAAAACAAGGCACUACAGAUGCCCAGACUGUCGAUACAAACUGGCUCUUGACUGGGGGUGUGCCUGCUCAUUUGUCUUCUACUGAACAUACUGGUGUUGAAAGAGUCUAUAUAGCAGGUUAUCAAGAUGGAUCUGUGCGAGUUUGGAAUGCCUCAUAUAAUGUCCUAUCACUUAUUUGCAUUCUAGAAGGCAAGGUGGAAGGUGUAGAAGUUGUAGGCUUUAAUGCUCCAGUAUCAAGUUUGGACUUUUGUUCCCUCACCUUAAAUUUAGCUGUUGGCAAUGAACAUGGACUGGUUCAAAUUUAUAACCUCGAUGGCAGCUCAGAUGAGAAAAGUUUGCACUUUGUGACGGAGAGUAAAUGUGAAGUUCACAAUUUACCAAAAGUGAAAGGACGACCCCAUUGUAGAGCUGUUCUUUCUCUUCUUAAUUCACCAAUUCAUGUGCUAGCGUUUACAAAUUCUGGAGCUAAACUUGCUGUGACUUUUGAAUGUGGCAGGGUGGCGGUCCUAGACAUGAGUUCAUUAUCAGUUCUAUUCUUCACAGACUGUGUAUCUAGCUCCAGUUCCCCCAUAAUUUCAGUGACUUCGAUAAAUUGUGAAACUGGUGACCUUGUAAAAGGUCCAAAGCAUUCAGAACCUAAUGUUCUAGUGAACCCUGCAGAGGAACUCAUGUUUUUCUUAACCAAAGAUGCAGUUCUUAACAUUAUUAACAGUGGGAGCGGUGGUACAAUCAGCUACUAUCAAUGGCGCCCAAAGAAGAAAUCAAUUGCAAUUUCCAUGUCUGUUAUAGUGGAUAAUACUUCAGCCUCUGGCUCCACCAAUGGAAAGCAUCCAGAGGAGGCUAGCAAGGAUUUGGGUACCAACAAGAAUCAAACUAUGGGUAAAACUUCUUCAACUGGGAUUGGCUCAGAUAGCGGCAAACAUCAAUCCUCUUCAGCUAUUGCACUCACCAGGGAAGCACUAAUGGAUUCACUCAUUUUGCUUUCUUGUGAGGAUUCAAUGCGUUUGUACUCAACAAAGAAUGUGAUUCAGGGAAGCAAUAAGUCCAUUUUUAAAGUGAAACAUGUGAAGCCUUGCUGUUGGACUUCAGCAUUUAAAAAAGAUGGCAAAGUUUCUGGACUAUUCUUGUUGUUUCAGACUGGUGUGAUUGAAAUCAGAUCUUUUCCAGAUCUUAAACUGGUUAAAGAAAGCUCCUUAAUGUCAAUUCUUAGGUGGAACUACAAAGCAAACAUGGAGAAGAUGAUGAGUUCUGACAAUGAGCAGAUUUCUUUGGCAAAUGGCUGUGAGUUGGCCUUCAUCUCGCUACCUUCUAGUGAAAAUGGUCUCAGGGUACUGGACACUUUUCCUUGUCUUCAUGAUAAGGUCCUUGCUGCUGCUGCUGAUGCUGCUAUCAGUAUGUCUUCAAAUCAGAAGAAAAAGCAGGGUACUAAACCUGGUAUUCUAGGUGGUAUUGUCAAAGGCUUAAAACAAGGGAAAAUAGAACAGACUACAGAAAUUACUCCAACACCUCAAUCUAAUUUUAGUCAUCUAGAGGGCAUUUUCUCAAAGUCUCCUUUCUCAGACUCAUCUCCAGUUAUUAAAGAUACUCAGGAAGCUGUGGAACUUGAUAUAGAUGAUAUUGAGAUAGAUGAAUCUCCUCUAGUCAUGGAAACUUCAUCACAGGAAGUGAAAAAGACAAAGAAAGAAAAGGUUACAGAAAGGGAACAGUUACUAGGCAAGGCUGAUGAUAUAAAACCCAGACUUAGGACACCCGAAGAAAUUAUAGCUCAAUAUAGAAAAGCUGGGGAUGCCUCAUCAGUUGCUGCACAUGCAAGAAACAAGCUUGUAGAGAGACAGGAAAAACUGGAGAGAAUUAGCAGACGCACUGCAGAAUUGCAAAAUGGUGCUGAAGACUUUGCGUCAAUGGCAAAUGAGCUCGUUAAGGCAAUGGAGAAUCGAAAGUGGUGGCAAAUAUGAACAAGGGACAGUCUGGUUUGGUUUGAUUACGUUUUUUAUUCAUUUACUCGAAAGACCUAUUCAGGCAUCGGGGAGUUCUCAUCCCAGGUACUUCUAUUUUUGGUCUCACAUACAAUUGGCAUUAUAGCUGAUAACUAAGACUUUAGAGCUUGAGCUUUCAACAUAUACUUCAUCUUUGACGUAAAGCAGAUAAUGUAAACCACAGUUUACUUAUUAUUAUUAUGUUUUGGGAGGAGAGGGUGUAAUUAGGUGAAAUGUUUGUAAAUAAAGCUGGUUGCAUUUUUUUUUCUUUUUUUCCACAUUCCUUGUACACAGGUUUUUGUUUCAGGCUCUAG